UCAAGGGGUGCAGAGUGGGAAGGCUGGACCAUGUGGCUUUCCUCAACUCUGCUUCUUCUCAGUUUCCCAGGCUGCCUCUCCAUCCAAGGCCCGGCAUUGGUGAGGGGUCCAGAGCAGGGGUCAGUGACUGUGCGAUGUCGCUAUAGCUCAAGAUGGCAAACCCACAGGAAGUGGUGGUGUCGAGGAGCAAGCUGGAGCUCUUGCAGGAUCCUCAUCCGAACCACGGGAUCGGAGAAAGAAACCAAGAGCGGCCGGCUGUCCAUCAGGGACGAUCAGAAAAAUAACUCAUUCCAGGUUACCAUGAAGAUGCUCAAGCAAAACGACACGGACACUUACUGGUGUGGUAUUGAAAGGUUUGGAACUGACCGGGGGACCAGAGUUAUAGUGACCGUUUACUCAGUGGGUAAAGACACCAUGUCGACUUCUAACCAGCUUUCAUGGCCCACUGUGGACAGCAGCGCAGACAUGAUGUCUUCUGACUUGCAGAAGAGGACCCAUUACAUGCUCCUGGUAUUCGUGAAGGUGCCUGCCUUGCUCAUCUUGGCUGGUGUUAUCCUCUGGCUGAAGCGGUCAACUCAGAAGGUCCCUGAGGAACAGUGGAGACACACUCUCUGUAGCGAUUUGGACUCUGAACUUCUGGCUAAAGACAUUUCUCCUUAGACUGAUGGAUAAGCAGAGCCUUCCCAUCCUGGACUCUCAUUCCUGAAGAGACCACAGCCAGGAAAGAAAAAUCCUUAAAUCUUCAGUGGGCGGUGACUGAGGCUGGUCCCUGGAGGACUCGGCCAGGCAUGAUCUACACUCUGCACAGCGUGGGGCCACAGCUCAGGCCCUUCCUGGGGUAUCAUCACAGCUGCAAGACCAGCACCUCACUCUCCCUUUACAUCCUUGUCAGCCCUACCCCAUCUACCCACCAUGGUCAGCCCAGGGUGAGAGUUGACAGAAUGAAGCCCAAGCUGCAGAAAGACAGCUGUGUGUGCCCAGCUGCAAACGCUUGUGCAGAGCCUGGGACAGACACACAGAGAAGCAGAAGAGACCAGUGGGGUGGCUAGGUCAUCUAUCCUAUGAUUCUGUCAUAGAAAACCCUGUGAGAGUGGAACAGGUGUCCAUUCUCCAUGUCCCGGAUACUGCACCCACCCCUAGCAUGCACUUCUGAGGAAAGAUGAGGAGUAAAGUCUGCCUGAGAAGCCCAGGGUCUGGACUGUGGAGAAUCCAUGACUUAGCUACAGAAGCUAUGGGUGUGUUUCCCGGCAGGUGUGUUUGACUCCAGGGCCAGGCACAAAAGGCUGCACAGCCUUAAACAGAUCUUCGGACUACACAGACUCACGGCAUGCUGGCUUUAAGCAAAUGUUAACCAGGAGAGAGCAGCAGAGAGCUCAGGAGGCAGAGAGAGAGAGAAAGAGAGAG